CCUACUACCAGCAGCUCGAUACAUACAGUUCGCAUAUAACUGCCCUACACUGUGCACUUACAACUUAUCAGGAAAGAGGAAAGAGGACUGCUGGAUGAACCACGCCUUCCUUCACUGAAACCAAUGCAAUUGGAAGUUUUCCUUUCAGAUGGGCUUGUGAGAGUCUUCGAAAUGGUACCUUUCAUCCAACUUAACUUGAAAACAACCGACUCACCUCAGUUGCCCCAACCACUUAUACAUACAGCGACUUCAAGAAGCGUAACUUCCCAGCAUCGGCUACAAUAUCCCCCGAGGUAGUCAUCGCACGAGUAUCAUGGCUUCUUGGAACAUUGCACAUUCCCCGCAGGGGUGGGAAUGGCUGGCCAAGGCCUAUGAAGAAGAGCAGCGCGAAGCCAGAAUAAUGCGCGAACAAGCAGAGCGCGAACAUCCGGCUCAAACAACCACGGAUAACUUAGACUCUCCGAUCGGAGACGACGGCAGCAGCAAUGGCGGCGGCAGGCCAGCUACCACCAGUCUCAGCAACAACGGCAGUAGCAGACCAGCUGCUACCAACCUGAUCAGCCUCGCCAGAGUGAACUCGCAACUGGGCCAGCUGGCACAGCAGCAGCAGCAGACUCCGCAAGUCGCUCCUCCGAAAUUCUGCGGCAGGCGCCGCGACUAUGACACGCCCGACAAAAAGAUGUACUACAUCUGUGACGACUGCGGCACCACGGUAGGCUUCUACGCCAACGAGCUGCUCCGGUGUGUUCAUUGCGGCGGCAUGACUAUGAAGAAGCCGCGGAUUAAGGGGACCUCUCAAUUUGUGGCGGUGUAAGGGGAUAGGGCCGCAUAGGUACCUUGACCGGAUCAGGAGGAGCAUACGGAGUACGGAGUAACGGCGUCUGUGUCAGAGGAAACAAGGGGCGGAGCGGGUGAUGGAAACGGGAUGAAGUAACUCAACGUGUGAU